AGCCGAGCCGAGCCGAGCGGAGCGCGGGAGGACCCGAGGGCGGAGCGGAGCGCGGCGGGCAGGGCCGAGCGACCCCAGAGAGGCCCCGCGUCCCUCCUCGGUGCCCCCCCCGCGCCUCCUCCUCCCGGCCGGCGCGGGGUUGCCGCGAGCGGCGGCGGAAGACCCAGGGAAGCGCUGACCUCUGCGGAGGCGGCGGGGGCUCAGCAUCGGGCCGGGGCCGGGGGGGCGCCGGGGCCGGGGGGGCGGCGCUCCCGGCCCGGCCCGGCCCCGCCCGAUGUCCAUGAGCGCGAACACCAUGAUCUUCAUGAUUCUGGGGGCGUCGGUCGUGAUGGCCAUCGCGUGCUUGAUGGACAUGAACGCGCUGCUGGACCGAUUCCACAACUACAUCCUCCCGCACCUGCGGGGCGAGGACCGCGUCUGCCACUGCAACUGUGGCCGGCACCACAUCCACUACGUGAUCCCGUACGACGGGGACCAGUCGGUGGUGGACGCCUAGAACUACUUUGUGACGGACAAUGUGACCAAGCAGGAGAUCGACCUCAUGCUGGGGCUGCUGCUGGGCUUUUGCAUCAGCUGGUUCCUGGUGUGGAUGGACGGCGUCCUGCACUGCGCCGUGCGCGCCUGGAGGGCCGGACGCGCCACGGUGAAUGGCUCGUGGACCUGGCUGCCCAAGCUGUGGAGCCUGCGGGAGCUGGGCCGGCGGCCGAACAGGCCCUUUGAGGAGGCCGCCGGGAACAUGGUGCCACGUGAAAGAAAACUCUACCACAACGGCCACCCCAGCCCGCGGCACCUGUGA